AUGUCUCACGAAGUGAUAUACGACUACGUCGAGUCCAUCGACCCCAAUCUGACUUGUGCGAUAUGUCAGUCAGCACUGGUCGACCCAGUGACGACCAUUUCGUGCAAACAUACUUUCUGUAGGGACUGUAUCACUCAAGCGAUAGCUGUCAACCCACAAUGUCCGAUAGAUAGAUCUGCUUUGAAUAUGAGCAGUCUGAGGGAUACGGAACAGCUGGUGAAGCUUAUGCUAGAUGAACUGAAAGUAAAAUGUGCAGCGGAAGGUUGUGGGAUGGAAAUGCAACGAGGACUGUUGUUAGCUCAUUUAAGGAGUUGCCCAAAGGCUAUAAUCACUUGUCAGGAUGGUGAUUGUGAAUUGUCCAUGGCUAGACAUCGGUUACCCCAUCAUAGAGCGUAUGAGUGUUUUCAGAGGAAGAUGGAAUGUAAGAAAUGUGGGACUAUGUUGGAUUUCAAGGACAGGGCGGCUCAACUCAAACCUGAUUGUUGUGAAGAGCCUGCCACAACAUGUGAAGUAUGCAGUGAAACUCUGGGAUCCGACAAGCAUCUUCAUCAAUGGACCUGCCCUCAAGUCCGUGUAGCUUGUCCACACACCUCGCGAGGAUGUCCAGCCAUUAUCCCUCGUUCAGAUCUCCAAACCCACCUGAACGCAUGUCCAUUCGAAGGGUUAUCAGGAUUCUUCGAACAGAACGAUGCGAGGUUCAGAUUGCUGGAACAGAAGAACGAGACUCUUCAGGCCGAAGUGAAUCUUCUAAAAUCUGAAUUAGUCAGUACCAGGCCAACUAGUUCCAGAUCACCUGGAUGGGGUCACGAGGGACUAUGGGGUAUAAGAGGUAACGCAGGGUUGAAUCAUUCUACUUCUCAACCUGCUCUCAACAUUCCUAGCGCUCAGCAUAAUCAUAGUACACAAAUGGACCAGCAAAAUUCACCUUCAACACCUGUUGCCCAAUCGCAUAAUACUCAACUACAACCACCUUCACCGGAUAAUACCGAUACUACUCCUAGAUUGACCAUCCCUGUCCCUCAGGCUGAACAAUCACCAUAUCCGUCUCCCUUAUCGGUAUCAUCAUCACCGCAGAACAACGGACUAUUCCACGAUCAAGGUAUCACUGCUCGAGCUGCUGCGGACUUGGCCCACCAUAGGUCGAUGAUAGCUCCUUCAUUCGGAUCACAUCAGUCGUAUGCCGAUUGGGCAUUUAAUCGCUUAUCGUCCAUCAACAUGCCUAGCGUGGAAGAUGCCAUUCAUGCGCUGAGGGCUAGUGUGCUGCAGUUGGCUGGUGGGAUGGAUACGAUGGAAAGGAGGAAUGAAGUACGCACUAUGACUGAAAGUCUGAGAGUACUAGAAGAAGUCGGUAGUCUGAGAGCUAUAGUGACGACGAUGAGAAUGCAGGUGAUGAUGGCGCAACCCACCCGAACGCCUCUGACACGACAUCCCAGUACACUCUUUCCACCUCCCAACUCACAUCUACCCAUACCUCAACUGACCAUACCCAUCAACCAAACUGUCAAUUCCCAUAUCCACUCUCAAAUCGAUCGGAGCCAGGUUCCCCAUCAUGAUCAUACAUCUGAAGACCACUCAGGCGAACCCGUAUCGGAAGAUACAUAUCUCGAUCCUGACCGACCCCAUUCCAUAAGGGAAUCCCAUGCGUUCUCCACCCACACCAACAAUGAUGCGGGCAGUUCGACAUCAAGCUUGAUCACUGCAUAUAACGCUAAUGGACGACGUGGCACGGGAAGGACGAUAGGUAGUGGUGCUGGAUUGACGGGUAGGACCGUUGCCAUUCCACCUCCAUCGAUGUUGAAUGGUAUUGGAGAGGGAGGCGAGGGAAGUCAGAGUAUGGGAAGAAGUGGUAGUAGGUUGAGCAGAGCAAACCCGAUGAAUCUGAUCAGGAAACAACCUUCAAGGUUAAGCAAUCGACCUAGGUUAUGA